AUGUCAACAAAAAAACUCCAAAGUUUUAUUGAUAUCAUCACUGGAUUCCUUGGAAAAUCGUCGUCAACAACCUUUAGUCUUCCGAUUAUUGACCUCGGCGUAUACUUGAACGAUAAGGAUUCUGAAUUGGCAAUUAAUGAAUGUCGCAAAACAGCAGAUGCAUUAAGUAAAUAUGGUGCCUUAUUGGUUAAAGAUCCUCGUGCAAAGGAAGAUAAUAAUUCCGAGUUUUUAGAUUUACUUGAAGAUUAUUAUGCUCAACCUUUUGAAAUAAAACUUAAAGACGCACGUCCAGAACUUGAAUAUCAAGUUGGUGUAACACCUGAAUUGAAAGAAGAACCAAAAUGUAAAAGUGAUAUUAAUUGUCACAAGAUGAUUGAAAAGAUGCCAAAAAAAAGUCGACCUUCGAUUCCGAAAGGGCCCGAUCCAAAAUGGAGAUUUUUUUGGAACAUUGGAGAAUUUCCCGAGAAAACCGAGUUUCCGCAACUUAAUGCUGAAUAUGCUGUUGUUGUACCCGAGGCUUUUAAGGAUAAAUGGUCAAGAAUCUUGGAUCAACGAGGUGACCAAUUAUAUCAAGCGGUUAUAAAGGUUGUAGAAAUGGCAUCUGUUGGAUUUGGAAUGUCUGCGAAUCAUUUGCCAGAUCUUACAAAAAAAGGUCCACAUCUUCUAUCACCUACUGGAAGUGAUUUGAAUAAAUACGGAAAACUUGGAACCAUAUUAGCUGGAUUUCAUUAUGAUUUGGAUUUCAUAACCAUUCAUGGUAAAUCACGAUUUCCUGGGUUGAAUAUAUGGUCACGUGAUGGAUCAGAAAAAAUAGAAGUUCACGUUCCAGAUGGACAUUUUUUAGUUCAAGCCGGCAAACAAUUUGAGUGGUUGACUGGUGGCAAUGUUAAGGCUGGUUAUCAUGAUGUAGUCGUCUCAGAAGCCACAAUCAAGGACAAAAGUUGUUCUGAUUAG